UCUCUCUCUCUCUUUGAUCUCUCCCAUCUUCUAAUCUUUGUUCUUGUUGUACGAUUUCUGAGCCAAACAUCAGUUUUCUAUUUAUUUUUUUGGGAUUUGAUUCGAUUUUUUACCCAGUGAAGUCGAUUGGGACACCACAAAUCAAAGGGGACACUACCAACCGAAGUUGCCACUGAAUCUGCAGAUUUGAAAUCAUUGGGAUUCUAGGUUCUUGAUCUUUCAUGCACGUAUGGUUCACUUUUAUCCUACCAAGGAAGGGGCCAUAUCAAUGUGGUAAAAUAGGUGGAAAGACAUGUCUGAUUAAAAUAGGUCGAAAGACGAAGAGUUGGUUGAGUUCAAAAAAGAUGAAUGAUGAAAAAAUGGUGGAAGAUCCCUUAGCUUAUUUCCAUAUUCCUUCCAAAAUUGUUUUGUACAGAUAAUUCUUGAACAGUUAUGUGAUUCUGAAGGAAUUCUUCAUGCUGAGAUGCAACAAUCUGGAGUCAAAAUCAACUGCUCAGCCCUAGAAGAUAAGUUGAAGCAAUUAAAGGAGUAUCACGAGUCCUCAUCCGCCGUGAACGGUGCAGAUCAAACCCUAAAUGUGGGUUUCACCUCCAUGCUCGUCCCAAAAGAGAGCUUGGAAAUCCUGAAAGGGGGUUUCUCUAAUGCAGCUCAAAAACCCAAAUUGGAGGGUUCUCGGAAACCAACGGAGAGUACUGCCAAAAAAACAAGGGAUUCUUCUCUUGGAUCCCAUCCAGUAAAGGAUCAGCCUAGCACCUCUGUGAUUCCUUCUCGGAUAGGUGUUGUCAAACCACAAGGGAAACCUAGAAAUUGGGCAUCUCUUCUCCAAUCUCAAGGCCCUGCGCAUGAAUUGAAACUUGAAUUUUUCCCAGAUUUGCACGAAGGGAAACAUGUGGCUGUUGAAAUUGAUGAGGAAUUGGUCGACGAUGGGAAUUGGAACAACUAUCUCAUGGGGUAUUUGAAAUACUGUAUUUCCUUGACGGUAAGAUGCCCUACAAACUUCUUAAUCACACUGCUUAUGAACACUGGAGAGACAAGGGUCUCGGUUAAACCUGAUGUGUCAGGGUUUACCCUUUUUCAAUUUCGCGAUGAAACCUCUAAGUGUGCUGUUCUUGAAAAUGGACCAUGUUUCUUUUCGCAGAAAUUUUUAGUCCUUAAAAACUGGCAUAGAACGAUGAAACCUGUGAAAGAACAACCUUCAAAAAUUCCAGCGUGGGUCAAAAUUUAUUAUUUACCUUUUGAGCUAUGGAAUAAGGAAUGUCUGAGUAGGAUUGCUAGCACUAUAGGCCGCCCCAUUCAUGUAGAUCAAGCUACAGCAAAAAAAUCGAAAUCCUCUAGUGCUCGAAUAUGCAUUAAGAUUGAUGUCAAUCUUGAACUUCUGGAGGAUGUUGCCAUUACAGUCGCUGGAGAAACUGUUGUGGUUAGUGUAGAAUACCAAGUCCUUCCACCAAUUUGUGAGUUUUGUAAGGUGUUUGGGUAUACUUCCCAUCAAUGCUCCAAGUCAUCGGUGGCUAAACCUAAACCAGUGGUUACUGAGGUAUGGCAGCAGGUUGGGAAAGGCAGAAACAAAGUUGUUCCAAUUCCUAAUAUUGUGGAAGCUUCAUCUGUUAACCAAGAAGGGGAGUUAACUGAGCUCUCUUUGGUUGGGGGUCCUUCUGCUAUAACCUCAAUAGGUUCCUCUGAAGCUUCAGUGAAUGACAUUAUAAUUACAAACGUGGAGAAGGCUGGUAGCAUGUUGUGUACCCUUCCAGUUAAAAAUCAUGAUCCAGGAGACCCUUCCUUGUUACUUAUCCAAAAAAAAACACUCUAUGGUGGAGGCAGCUAGUGACGUGGUUAA